AGCAUGCGCAUAGCUACUUGGUGGGCGCGUCCAGUCAUGACUGGGGGAUGCCGGCAAGUAACAUGACUAAAAAGAAGCGGGAGAAUCUGUGCGUCGCUCUAGAGAUCGAUGGGCUAGAGAAGAAGCUGUCCCAGUGUCAGAGAGACCUAGAGGCUGUGAACUCCAGGCUCCACAGCGGGGAUCUGAGCCCAGAGGCCAGGAGGUCCCUGGAGAAGGAGAAAAACAGCCUAAUGAGCAAAGCCUCCCACUACGAGAAGGAACUGAAGUUGCUUCGGCAAGAGAACCGGAAGAACAUGCUGCUGUCUGUGGCCAUCUUCAUCCUUCUGACCCUUGUCUAUGCCUACUGGACCAUGUGAGCCUGGCACUUCCCCACAGCCAGCACAGGCUUCCACUUGGCCCCUUGGUCAGGGCCAAGCAGGCACUUCAAGCCUCAACAGGACCAAGGUGCUAGGACAUCCCCCUCCUAGUUUCCUGGCGGCCCAGGCCGCCUUGCCUCCCCGGCCUGCUGGGGGGUUGUGUCUCCAGAAGGACAUGGUGGCAAUAAAGAACACCAAGCUGCUUCUG